AUGUCAACCACCGACACAGAGGAAUCGCAACUACAGUCAGCACAGCUGCUGGUAGACGCCAUGUCCAACGACCGUCGUUUCGGCCUCAUCCAGGAUCCGGCACUAAUAUCAGAGGACGACGACAUGCGCAAUCCGUCAUCACCGGAAACGAUACCCUCCACCCAGGUCGCUGACACGCCAGAUGAAGUCGAUAACGGUCCUUCGGGGUUCAGGUUGCGGGUCAACGAAGAGGGUCCUGUCGAUACUAUCAUUCCCUCGUCUGUGACCCCCCCGCCUUCUUCACAGAUGCCCAACGCCGCCGGGACGGGGGCCGCCACCUCGUUAGCUUUUGCAAGCUCACAGCGUUCUGGGUAUUUCUCCCCUCCCGCGACGACGGGUAUGUUUGGAAGCAAGAGGGAAGCCAAUACUGCUCUGGAGUUCAAUCCACCCGCGUCGCAAGAGAUUGCCGACGCGUCUAUUGACAAGCUUCGCAGCAUGCUGCAGACGUGCAUUGCGGAGAAUGCCAAGCUGAAGAUGGAGACGGCCCAUCACAAAUUGCAAUACAACUUGCUUAGCCUCCAGGCCGACGAAGAUAUGAAGCGAGCGGCUGUCGAACACGAGAUGACUCGCAGGGAGGUUGAAGCGCUUAGAGUGGCCGAACACACACGACAGGCACGACGCGACCUCGAUGCUGCUUCGGAAACCCAGCAGACAAAGUUCAUGCAACUAAAGGCCUUGUACGAUCAAAGGGUGGAAGAGGUGGAUUUCCUGAACCGAAAACUCAAGGCUGCUAGAAAAAUCAUACAGCAGAAGGAGGACGAGAACAUCAGUCUCUGCGACGAACGGGAACUUCUUCUAAACCGAAUUCGUGAAAAUCGCGAACACUUCCAGAUUCUAUGCAGUCCCGGAGGCAUGUUCCAUGGCGCGACAAUAGGGAGGCAGACAGUUGCGGUUACCGCGCCUUCUCAACCCCAACACCACACUCCACCUCGGCCGACAUCUCGAACCGUCUAUCGGGAAGCUCAAGCUCGCGCCGACAAGGACCACAGCAAAGGCAACUUUACCAUGCUCCUUCAAGCUAUCGACCAGGAAAAUACCAGUGCCCCGUCGACACCUCGGGGGUUGUCUCACAACGCUGCCAGGCAUACGCGAAAUGCUCAGUCCAUGUCGUCGCUUCCCACCACGCCCACACAGCGCCUGCGUGGUGAGACAGGCGGACUUCUGCCAUCUGUCGAUCUGGUGCCACAAACCGAGCCCCCGUACCGUCACAACCGAUAUGUGCCUGAGACACCUGUUCGAUCUGCGACCCGAGACCGACGCAGGAGCCGGGAGAGCACAAUCUCCGCCGAAGAUAACGAGGAGCUCGCUCGCCAGGCUCUCCAGUCAGUAGCAGCCGCUUCUUUUGCCUCCCGUAGCUCGCAGCACCAGUUGGGUCCUAUGCAACGAAACCCGACCAAUGAGGAAGAAGAGGAAGCCUUUGAGAGCCAGGCCAGCCAAGCUGCGACGCAGAUGCUUCGUCGUGACCCCCGAGAGAGCUUUGAGGUAGCUAGCUCGGUUGAGCACUCGCGGAACGGCACGCCAGCGCCAGCGGAUAAGACUGCAAAGCUGCAGGCGAAGCUGUUCGGCGGGCUCAAUAAGAGUGGGGUGUCGAGCGGCGAGAAGCGCAAGUUUGCCGGACACGGUGACCCAAUAGAAGAGUUCUCACUGCGGGAUAGGUUGAGCCCGACAAAGAAGCUGAGGACCGUUGGGGGGCUGCGCGAUCCGAGCAAGGUUGGACUUGGGAUCCAGUACAGCCAAGACGCAUAG